CAUUAAUGAGUUUGUUCUAAAACCACACAGAACCCUAGUCUCUCUCAAUAUACUGCAUCCUUCAAUUUCCUCUCCAAAUAUUAAAUCUUUUUCAUACAUUUCGCAAUUCAAAAUUCAAUUCUCAACUAUUCAUUGAGAUUUCCUUGAUUCCCGCCUUCAUUAUUUCAUUUUCGCCUUAAAUGGAUUUCUUGGUGUGAUUUAUUUCUACCGUUGCACUCUGAUCUGGUUUUUUGUUAAAGAAACUGGAAUGUGGCUCAGCUUUCUAGCUGAUGCUUGAUAAUGUGGAUCAUGUUCAUCAUUUCAUCGACUCAACUUGGAGACUUUGUUCUCUUCUAGGUGGUUGGGUUUCUGGUCUAAUUUCAAAACCUUACAGAAAAGUGGUUGGCUCAGCAUUUGAUGGUUCUCUUUCUAGGUUGGCCGACGAAAGAGAAAAUUAUUAUUUAGAUUCCAUGGAUCAGCAGUGUAUAUAUAUUAGUUCAUCGGAUGAUGAGUUGGAGGAGAUAAUAGAUCCGGGGAGGGUUCUCCCACAAUGGGCUGCUUCUGAAAGGAAUUCAGCUAGUUCUUCAAGGAGGGCAAAUAAUUCAAACACGGGUACUUCUAAUGCUUUUGAUAAUUCACAAGCUAAGCUCCAUAAUCAAUUUGCGUCCAGCAAGAAUACAGUAAACCACAGAAUACCACAGAGAGGCGAACCUUCUUAUCAUGCCCAGAAUGGAAAUACAAGUCAGCAUCCGACAAUAAAUUCCCGAAUUUCUAAUACUUAUGGUGCCGAUUAUGAGAAAAUGUCAUCUCAACAAGCUUUGAAGAGGACCCUUCCAUCAUCUUUUCAAUCAUCUGCAACAAGGGCUCUUCCACCUUCGUCAUUUGCACCUAAUAACAGAUUAAGCAGCUUGAGCAGCAGUCAGCUUCAUGAUGCACAUAGGAAUCGUCACCAUGGAGUAGGACCUAGCACGUCCAGUGAGAAGGGCUAUUUUCGUGACAAUUUUAGCAGAGGCAAUGAUGGAGAUCGUUUCAUGCAUCAGAAUGGUGGGAUUAGGGCUCUUCCUCCAUCUUUGAUGCUCGGAAAGGCUAUAACUCCACCAUUUGCUAGUUCUAGUGAAUCUGCAUACCGUUCUGGAGCAGGUGAUGAAAGGGCUUCUGGGAAUGAUGAGAGACUAAUUUAUGAAGCAGCAUUACAGGAUAUCAGUCAACCAUUAAAAGAAGCAGACUUACCUGCUGGCCUAAUGUCUGUAUCUCUUAUGAGACAUCAGAAAAUUGCAUUGGCUUGGAUGCUUCAGAGGGAAAACAGGAGUUUGCAUUGCUUGGGGGGGAUUUUGGCUGAUGAUCAGGGCCUUGGAAAGACUAUUUCAACAAUUGCUCUCAUCCUAAUGCAAAGGCCAUUGCAGUCAAAAUGGAAAACAGAUGAUAUAUGCAACCAUAAAGCUGAAGCCUUGAAUUUGGAUGACGAUGAUGAUAAUGGUGGUAUUGAUGUGGAAAAGCUUAAAAAGGACGAAGAAUCUGACGAUAUAAAACCUGUUACUGAACCGAGUAGUUCAACACGGGCACCCAGUAGGAAAAGGCCAGCUGCUGGUACAUUGGUUGUCUGCCCGGCAAGUGUUCUUCGGCAGUGGGCCAGAGAGCUUGAUGAGAAAGUUGGAGAUGAAAAGCUUUCUGUUUUAAUUUUUCAUGGGGGCAGUAGGACUAAGGAUCCUAUUGAACUUGCAAAAUUUGAUGUGGUUCUCACAACUUACUCUCUGGUGACUAAUGAAGUUCCAAAGCAACCGUUAGUUGAGGAUGACGAUAUUGAUGAAAAAGACGGGGAAAUGUUUGGCUUAUCCUCCGAGUUUUCGGCUGGUAAAAAACGAAAAAAGUUAUAUAACGGAAGCAAGAAGAGUAAAAAAGGUCGAAAGGGAAUAGACAGUUCUUCUGUUGAUUGUGGUUCAGGUGCUCUUGCAAAAGUAGGUUGGUUUAGGGUUAUUCUAGAUGAAGCCCAAACAAUAAAGAAUCAUAGAACUCAGAUGGCCAGAGCUUGCUGCAGCCUUAGGGCCAAAAGAAGGUGGUGCUUGUCUGGCACACCUAUUCAGAAUACCAUCGAUGAUUUAUAUAGCUACUUUAGGUUCCUGAAGUAUGAUCCUUAUGCUGUGUAUAAAUCAUUCUACCAUACAAUAAAAGUCCAAAUAUCCAGAAAUUCCAUUCAAGGUUACAAAAAACUUCAAGCAAUUCUGAGGGCCAUAAUGCUACGUCGCACAAAAGGAACUUUGCUUGAUGGCAAGCCGAUAAUCACUUUACCUCCUAAAACAAUUAAUCUGAAUAAGGUUGAUUUCUCCUUUGAGGAGCGGGCCUUCUACAAGAAGUUGGAAUCAGACUCACGUUCUCAGUUUAAGGCAUAUGCAGCUGCUGGCACAGUUAAUCAAAACUAUGCAAAUAUUCUUUUGAUGCUUUUACGUCUCCGUCAGGCUUGUGAUCACCCACUUCUUGUUAAAGAAUAUAAUUCUGAUCCUAUUGGCAAAGAUUCUGUUGAAAUGGCAAAAAAGCUUCCAAGGGAGAUGCUGAUCAAUCUGUUUAAUAAUCUAGAAACAACUUUCGCUAUAUGUUGUGUAUGCAAUGAUCCACCUGAUGACGCUGUUAUUACGAUGUGUGGCCAUGUCUUCUGUUACCAAUGCAUAUCAGAACAUUUGACAGGUGAUGAUAAUAUGUGCCCCGCUGUUCAUUGUAAAGAACAAAUUGGGGAUGAUGUUGUUUUCUCCAAAGCAACUCUGAGGAGUUGCAUCUCUGACGAUCUUGGUGGCAGUAGUUCUGGAAAUUCAAAUCUUAUUGAUUAUUCACUAGUACAGAACAGUGACUACAGCUCAUCUAAAAUAAAAGCUGUCCUUGAGGUUCUGCAGUCAAAUUGUAAAUUGGAGACUCCUUCUGGCUUACUGAAUUCGUCUGAAGGCAAUAGAGAUUCACCGCAUUCUGAUAAUUCAUAUGUUGAAGAUUGUGAUUCUGAUGUCAGGGUUAUAAAACACACAAGAAAAUUUUCGGCGGCCAGAACUGAAGGACCGAUGAAGGCUAUAAUUUUUUCCCAGUGGACUAGCAUGUUGGACUUAGUUGAGACAUCAGUGGAACAAUCUGGUAUAAAAUACAGGAGACUUGAUGGUCGGAUGACACUGAGUGCGAGGGACAAAGCUGUUAAGGAUUUCAAUACUGAUCCCGAGAUUACUGUUAUGCUGAUGUCACUAAAGGCAGGAAACCUUGGUUUGAAUAUGGUUGCUGCAUGUCAUGUUAUUCUUUUGGAUCUUUGGUGGAAUCCAACUACUGAAGAUCAAGCUAUUGAUCGAGCUCAUAGAAUUGGACAGACACGCCCUGUUACUGUGACGAGGAUCACCAUAAAAGAUACCGUUGAAGAUAGAAUACUGGCUCUUCAGGAAGAAAAGAGAAAAAUGGUGGCAUCUGCUUUUGGUGAAGACCAUGCUGGCAGUUCUGGAACUCGGCUUACAGUUGAUGAUCUGAAAUAUCUUUUCAUGGUCUAGAUCCAUGCUUACUAUGGUAUGGAUGAGGAUUGUGCUUCAAAUUUUGCUUUGGAUGGCUUGGCAUGGAGUUAUUAUGGUGUAUGGCUGUUUUUUUUUUGCCUGCUGACAUUUGUUGCUCAAGUUGGCUGGUGAGGGUUGGUUGAUCCAUGUAGUAACUUGUCUGUUUUGAAGCCCACAAGGGCAUUUUUGUCCUCCCAACUGCUAUGUUGCUUAAAGCUGCGCCUGUAAAUAUGCUAAUUUAAUUAUAUGGUUUAGGAUGAUAUUACAUUGUUUAAUGUACUUCCAUCUUUUUUCGUGUACAAAUUCUCUUUAUGAUCUUUUUACUCUGCAUGGAAAGCAAGAAUAGGUUAAGGUAGACCCUUUUGAA